AUAAUUUUGGAGUUUGACAAUGACCACAAGGCCGAUAACUUGAGCUCAUUAUGAACUUUGAUCCUUCACAAUCAUGGUUCAAGAGUAGAACCAUUUAUGUAACCAAAUUAAAACCGAGUUACAAAAACUGAAUUAAAACUAUAUUACAUAACCUAAUUGGAACCAAAACCAAGCAGACCAAAUUAAAUCUACUCGAGUAUCAAAAUAUAGAAUCGUAUCGAUUCUUAUGAUUUUGAUUUAUCUCAUCAUCUCUCUAAACCAAAUCAAAAUCAAACCAAAAAACCAGAACCGAGUCGAUUGACACUCUUACUAGAUGCUUUAGAAUGGAAAGACAAAAUCCCAAGCGUUCAUAGCUCCAUCGUACCCUUGAGAUGAGGCCUUUGUGUUGCCACAAUAGCGCGUUGCAGCUUGCCUUGUAGAAGUUUCUAAUUACUUUCGACUAUCAGUCCACAUAAAGGCAUGACCCAUGGAUUUUUUAGCGCUUCACGCAGUCAUACACGUCAUAAACAUGAUAGAGAUACGCAAAUCCUUCUCUGCUUACCCCCACACCACACCAUUCAUCUCCUUAUCAUUUAAAUGUCCCCCACCUCCCUCCACUCUCUCAAGGAGCUCCUUUAGUUGUGGUGUUCCAAGUGCUCUCUCUCUCUCUCUCUCUCUCUCUCUUUUGUGUAUGUGUGUGUGUGAAAGAAGUGAUGGGAGAAGGUGGGUUCAUUUCAAUUGUGAUAUUUUGCAUUUUGGUUGUAUCAUGGUGGGGAUGGAAGGUAUUGGAAUGGCUAUGGUGGAAACCCAAGAAACUAGAGAGGCUUCUCAAGGAACAAGGCAUCAAAGUCACUCCUUACAAUUUACUUUUGGGUAACCUGAAAGAGAUCCAGAUGCAGUUCCAGGAAGCUCAGUCUAAGCCCAUGAACCUAUCCCAUGAUAUUCUUCCACAUGUAGUUCCCUUUCAUCUUCAAACCAUACAGAAGUUAGGUAAAAACUCAGCCUUCUGGUUUGGAACAAGUCCAAGAUUAUAUAUUAUGGAUCCUAACCUCAUAAGGGAUAUUAUGAGCAACAAGUUUGGUCACUUUGGAAAGAACAGAAUAUUUCCACUUGCACAGUUUUUUAUAGGUGGACUUGUAACCUAUGAGGGUGAGAAAUGGGCCAAACACAGAAGGAUUAUAAACCCUGCGUUUCAUCUAGAAAAAUUAAAGCAAAUGUUAUCAGCAUUUUAUACAAGCUCUAGUGAGAUGGUCAACAAAUGGGAGAAAUUGGUUGCAUCAGAAGGGUCCUGUGAAUUGGAUGUGUGGCCAGAACUCCAAAAUUUAACUGGCGAUGUCAUCUCUAGGACAGCUUUUGGUAGCUCCUAUGAAGAAGGUAGAUGGAUAUUCAAAUUGCAAGAUGAGCAAGCCAAGCUCUUCAUUCAGUCUUUUCAGAAUCCAUUAAUAUUCAUGCCUGGUUAUAGUUGGCUGCCAACAAAAGGCAACAAAAGAAUGAAAGAAAUUGACAAAGAAGUGCGAGACCUUUUAAUGGGCAUCAUCAACAAAAGACAGAAGGCUAUGAAGGUUGGAAAAGCCAACAAUGAUGACUUGUUAGGCUUGUUACUUGAAUCCAACCAUAGCGAAAUUCAAGAAAAUAAAAACAAGAAAAACGCUGGGAUGACCAUUGAAGAUGUCAUCCAAGAAUGUAAGUUGUUCUACUUUGCAGGGCAGGAAACUACAUCAGUUCUCCUUGUUUGGACGAUGGUUGUAUUAAGUAUGCACUUGGAAUGGCAAGUGCGUGCAAGGGAAGAAGUCUUGCAAGUCUUUGGAAAGAACAAACCAAAUUUUGAUGGACUAAGUCACCUCAAAAUUGUUACCAUGAUUUUGUAUGAGGUUCUUAGAUUAUAUCCACCAGCGUUAGAUAUUGAUCGGUGUACAUACAAGAACAUAAAACUAGGAGAAAUAUCUCUACCCCCUGGAGUACAGCUAAUGUUACCUAUAGCACUUCUUCACCAUGAUCAUGAAGUAUGGGGUGAAGAUGCAGACGAAUUCAAACCUGAGAGAUUUGCAGAAGGAAUCUCAAAGGCUACAAAGAAUCAAGUCUCAUUUUUUCCAUUUGGCUGGGGCCCUCGAAUAUGCAUUGGGCAAAACUUUGCGAUAACAGAAGCAAAGUUGGUUUUAGCAAUGAUUCUACAGCGAUUUGCUUUUGACCUUUCUCCAUAUUACGCUCAUUCUCCUACCACUGUAAUGACUCUUCAUCCAAAGUCUGGUGCUCAAAUUAUAUUACAUAAACUGUAGAAUCUCUUUAUAAUCAUCAUUUCUUGGUGAUCUAUCGUUAGAAACUUUCAUUGUGAAUUAUUUUGACAGUUGAAUGUGUUUUGUAUCAAAUGUACCUUGUUUAUUUGUAUUCGAAAAUCUAUACCAUUAGCAGCAAAAGAAAGAAUAUAGUCAUUGAUGUAACAAGCAUUUGUGAUGUUUUUUACAAGGCACAAGAUAGAUUUUAGCUGUCCAUUUUCAUGGUUUU